AUGUGUUCUUCUGCCUCUCAUUCAGAGUACUUACUUGUCAUAAUAUAUAGUUGCCAAGGUAAGAUUGCGUUUUGUAAAUCUGCAACGUGGGUUGAACUUUUUGGUGCUACUCGCUCUUAUUGUGACAUUGUGUUCAAGAACAAUUAUCUUUAUGCUUUGGCACAAGAUCGGUCAGUUGAAGGAUGGGAUAUUUGUCAACAUGUUCCAAGAAAGAUCUUGGAUGUUAAGCCAACCAUGGAGAUAGAUGAGGAAUUAGAGACAGAAUUUUCAAGAGAUCUGUAUUCAAUAAAGUCAUACUUGGUUAAAUCAGAGGGAGAGAUGCUGUUGGUGAUAAGGUAUAUUGGAAAUUUUGUAAACGAUGAUGGGGCAGCUGUUGAUGAAGGAUAUCUUUUAUCAUCCAUGGAUAUACACCCUUUGCUUUGUCCUUACCAAACAAAGCACUUUAGUGUGUAUAAAUUUGAUUUUAGAAAGAUCAAGUGGGAAAAGGUGAGAUCUUUACCGGAUCAAGUUCUGUGUCUAGGUGCUAAUGAGUCCAUGUCAAUAUCUGUUCGAGCCUUUUCAGGAUGUCAACCAAACUCAAUUUACUUCACAGAUGAUAGGUGGUUUGAGAUGAAUUUGGAUUAUUUAUAUGGUGGGCAUUAUUGGGCUUGUUUCAACCUGCUAGAUAGAACUUUCAACCAUUUUAGUCCAAGUGCGUAUAAGCUUGAUCCACCGCCUAUUUGGGUCAUUCCCACUCCUGAUAGUUACCAUGACAUGCUGACUAUGUAG